AUGCCCUGCUUCCAGGGCCUGGCCGUCAGCAUCCAUACGCCUGACGGCCCGCUUCCCGAAUAUUCGAUCCAGAAGAACUCUCGCGCCCACCGCAUCACCUCGUACAUCCCCGUCCCGCCCGCCAAGGUCCCGCCUGGCGCCAUCAAGCCCGAACAGUCCACCUUCGCUAUCUCCAUCACCCUCCUCACCCCCGGCCUGAACGUCCCGUACUCGACUCCCAAACCGGGCCCCGACGAUCCCUACCCGCGCCCCAAGGUCGUUGGCGGCUUGCCCGGCUAUGGCAACGAGCGGGGCAAGUACGGCCCCGUAAUCGGGCCCUACAUUCCGCUGACGUCUUCGCCGAACGAGACCAUUGCUGCCUAUAUAUACUUCGACGGACGCGCGAAAGAGGAGGUUGCAACGCUGCUCCGGCGAGGCGAGGAGACAUGGGUCAACUCGCGCUGGGUCAGCGUGCCCGAGUUGGAGGGCGGUGGUCUCGCUGAGCGUGAGUUCCUCUUCCGUGAGGUUGGAUUGGAGCGAUGGCUCAAUGGUCUCGACCUCGAGGGCAAGGACAAGGACGUAGCAGCUAGGAUAGAGCGGCGAAGGCUGCGUCUGGAAAAGAAGAGACGGAAGAAGACGGAGCAGAAGGGUAGCGAUGACGACGACGACGACGACGACGACGACAUGGACACGGACAGGAAAAAGACGGCCAACAGGAACGGCGUUCUCCGCUAUGGUGAAGACAAGACAGUGGAGCCGCUGUCGGGGGAUGAAGGCUUGUUCACUUCCGACUCGGAUUCAGACGACGAGCCGCCUAUGCCCGAGGCUGCUGGCCAGAUAAAGGUUGCAUUGUUCAGAGUCCUUGCCUCCGGGGAAAUCAAGAGGGGGGAGUACUCCCCCCAAUUCGACGCACACGAUGACGACGAUACCGCGGGUGCGAACGGCGACCCGGCCAAUGACGCAGAUGUUGACCACACGACGAGUUUUGCCAAGCCGAAGACAUUGGACCCCAAGUCAAUCAGCACACAGACCGUAACGGGCAUUGACCCCCCGGAUAAGCCCUACGCCGUGUUCACAUUCCUGUACCGUGGCGAGAAGCAAUUACGCAAGAUGGGCAUUCUGGCAACCCCGAGUAUUGCCCCCAAGACCCCUGCCUCGACGAAGAGGAAAACCGGCCUCGACUUCUCCGCCCUGAAGCCACUUACGACAACCGGGACCAGGAAUUUCGCGGGCUACCGUGACCCCAACGCGUCACCAACGAAAAAGUCCAAAGGGGGAAAAGUCAAGGACAUUGACGACAUGGACAGUGAUGCCGAGGAUGAUGACGAUGCACGAAUUGGCGCCAACGACGACGAGAUUGACAUCAAGACGGAGGCCAAGGGCAUGCUGUCACCUGAGGACGUAGCCAGACAAGAAGAGAUGGCCGAGGGCGUUCGCAAGAUCAAGCUCAAGCGUGCCCACUCAGCCGACCCCGUCCAGGAUUCCCCAACGAAAUCGCCUGCAGAUUUCACUCCCAGCGGUUCUGCGAGCGCUGCUUUAUCACCCGGCAGUGAGGUUCCCACCAGCGCCGCCGCAGUCCUCGCCGCCAAAGAAGUCGCUCCAGAAGCCGCGGUUGUAGGCUCGCCAUUCAAGAAACAGCGCGCCAGUCUACCUGGCUUCGAUGAAGGCGUGCGGUCGAAUUUAGGGUCCGCGCUGGCGAACGCCUCCUCGUCAUCGGCACUAGCGGGCGCACCGGUACUACAGCCACGCAGCAUGAGCGAUAGCAAUGCAUCUGGCCAAAGUGCGGGUAUAACGGCGAGCUCUCUCGGCACGAGCUCGGGCACCGUGAUCAAGCAGGAAGAGAGUACGAUGGAAGAAGACGAAGAGCUUUGA